AUGUCGGAUGUCGAAACAGAAGAAAAUUUAGACGUGGAAAAUGAUGUAGGACCAUCUCAUGAUGAAGCACUUCAGGUUCUAGAAACAGCGCUCAAAUGGUUUGAAAAACAAACAGAGAGUGAUUCUAACCAACUUAUUUCUGCUAUAAAAAUUGCUGGUUUAUUUAGUAUUCAACUGGAUGAAACGACAGAUGUAAGUAAAGAUGCUCAACUCAUGGUUUACGUGCGGUAUCCAGGUUUAACAGAUAUACAGGAGGACAUUUUAUUUUGCAAACCAAUGUCAACAACAACUAGAGGUGAAGAUAUUUUUCGUAUGGUCUAUUCGUUUUUUAAAGAAGAAGGAUUAAAUUGGAAUCAGUGCUUCAGUAUUUGCACCGACGGUGCAGCUGCCAUGGCAGCAUCUCAAAAGGGAUUUUCGACAAGAGCAAAACAAAUGAAUCCACAAAUUAUAUCGAUUCAUUGGUUGUCACAUCUUGCUUCAAAAAAAUUAUCACCCGAAUUUUGUAUCGUUUUGGAUGAAAUUGUUGCGGUAGUCAAAUCAAGAGCUCUUAACUGUAGAAUUUUCCGCAAACUGUGUUUCGAAUUUGGUGCAGAAUACGAACAUUUAUUAUAUUAUUCUGAAAUAACAUUACCCGAAGGCGUUAUGAAUGACUGGAUAAUCUACUAG